UGGAGGUUGUCUCGAGCCAUCGGCGCGUGCGCUCUUUAAAGCUCUUACUUGGGUGAUAGGAAAAGAUAUUUAUUUUGUUUGUCAUUGUGCAAAUUUGGAGUAAGAACUGUGUUUUUUUGCCCACCAACAGCGGAGAUAUUGGGAUGAUUUUAUUUUUUUUUUCGUUAAAACCAAUGACCAACUGGCUUUUGCAGUCGAGGAUUCUACUGUUUUGGAAUGUGUUUGAUGCGCAUUAAAAUCGACAUUUCCUCUUGUGGACAUAUCUUCAUUCCUCUUCAUAUUUGUACCAUAUUUCUGGGAUAUGUGGAAAUGAUAUCGUUUGGUUGGAAGAUUUUGUUAGUUAUCAGCUGACCUGAAAAUGAAAAUCCUUUGAGAUGAAAAGCAGCACUUUUGGGGAUCAUCUUUUGCUUGUGUGUGGCUCCUUCCUGAUAUUGCGCCUCAACAGCCUGUUGUCUGUGUCAGUGAAACGCACAACUUUAACUGAAAGCGGAGCUGGAGCGGGAGCGAGGGCUGCAGCUGGUCUUUGUGGUACUCUAGGGCCAAACGCAGGGGGCCAGCAGUGGCACCGACGGAGCUGCCCCGCUGGUGGGCUGUUGAGUGGUUGGACUGGGGAUGCGGUGCAGCCGUGGAGCGGGGAUGACGAGGUCGAACGGGAUUAUGAUGGUGAUGGAUGUCUCGACAGCACGUCCAGGCGCCGGGGUCUCGCCGCCUCUGUGCUUCCUACUGUGCGCUCUCCUUUUCCACCCUCCGUGCGCUCUCUCGCACCCGCAGCCAUGCCAGGUGCUUAAGCGGAUCGGCCACACGGUUCGGGUGGGAGCUCUGCACGUCCAUCCCCGCUUGGUGGCCGCAGGUCCUGGCAGCGGCUAUGAAGGCGCCGAGGGACCUUUCGCAAGAGAUCAGCCGAUGGAGUUUGGAAAGGCAGUCAAAACAGGUGCCGGUGCGCCUGGGUAUGGAAACCUCAGGACUAGAGCCGCAGCAAACAGUCAGCGGGGAACAAGUAGGAGUAAAAGCCAGGCGAGACAGCGAGAAGGGAAUCCCUCAAAGGAGGAUGGCGUGUUCUCACCUCGGGAGUUGGUCCUGCUGGCGGCUGAGGCUCUGAACCGGGCCGGGUUGCUACCUUACAAUUUAUCUCUAGAGAUAGUUAUGGCAGUAGGUUCGGCGCUGGGCGAGCUGCCAGCCUUCUCAUACUCCUCGACGGACAUUCCCGAAGACGAAGACCCGCUGUCUUUCCUGGAGAGCGUGUGUCAUACGGUGGUCGUGCAGGGGGUCUCCGCUAUGCUCGCCUUUCCCAGGAACCGGGAUGACCUUGUAAAGUUGGAAUUCAUUUCGCUGGCGCUGCAGGUGCCAGUUGUCAGCGUCGUGCAGAAGGAGUUUCCGCGUAAAAGUGAGAAUGGUCUUCAUUUUCAAAUGGCAAUGCAGUCUGUAGCGGCCCCCCCGCACCAGCUCCUCUACUAUCUGCUGAUGAUGAAUGGUUGGUGGGACAUCAGCAUUGUCCUAUGCCAGGAAUGGAACAUCAGUGACUUUCUCCUCCUCAUUAAAAACAACACCCGGUUCCGCUUGGGAGCUCUGGUCAACCUAAAUAAAACAACACUGCCACCACUAUCAUCUUCACUAUCAUCCUCAGCAGAAACAACAAGUGCCCCUGUGGGAGUGGAGGUGCUAUCCUUAUCUUAUUUUUCACCAACGGCCUCAUCAUUUUCUUCAAAUUCUUCUUCCAAACCAGACCAGCAGCAAGGCCUCAUUCAGCAGCUGGAAGCUUUGAGGGAACAUUCAUCCACACGAGGAGUGGUAACGUUUGGGUGUGACAUUCGAGAGGUGCGCAGAUUAUGGACACUUGCAACUCGGAUGACUCUCCCGGAAUUUCACUGGGUUUUGGGGGACAGCCAAAAUGUGGCUGAGCUGAGAACAGACGGGUUACCACUGGGGCUACUUGCACAUGGAAUGAUGGGAUCCCCUUCACUGGAUCAUUAUGUUCAGGACUCACUAGAGUUUGUAGCACGGGCAGUGGGCAGUGCCGCCCAGGAGAAUCCUGCCCUGGCACUCAUUCCUGGAACUACAAACUGUAUGGAUGUACAACAAAAUAAUGGCAGCUCAGGGGAAUUCUUGGCAAGAUUCCUUGCCAACACAUCAUUUGAGGGCCAGAGUGGUUUUAUAUCCAAAGAAAGCCAUAGUCAGAAUAUCAUCUCAGAGGCCCAUCACUACAUCUGGUCUCUCCAGCUGGACCCUCUUGGCCAGCCAACAUGGACUCGUCUCGGACGUUGGCGUCGAGGGAGAGUUCUGAUGGACCAACGCGCCUGGCCAAGUCAUCAAGGGUCUGGUGGCGGGGGAGAUUGGCGUCGUUCUGCUCGAUUGCACAUGCGAGUGGUGACUUUAGUGGAGCACCCUUUCGUUUUUACCCGUGAGGUUGAUGGUGAUGGACUGUGUCCAGCAGGCCAGCUGUGUUUGGACCCACUUACCAAUGAAUCAUCUGUUUUGCAAGGGCUCUUUCAGAAACUUUCAGGGCACAAUGGAUCUGUUCCUACAGAACUGAAGAAAUGUUGCUAUGGAUACUGCAUUGACCUGCUGGAAAAGCUAGCAGAGGAUAUUGGCUUCACAUUUGACCUGUAUAUUGUUGGCGAUGGGAAGUAUGGAGGAUACAAGAAUGGUCGUUGGACAGGAUUGGUGGGCGAUUUACUAAGUGGUGCUGCCCACCUGGCAGUGACAUCAUUCAGCAUUAAUUCAGCCAGAAGUCAAGUCAUUGACUUUACAUCACCCUUUUUCUCCACCAGCCUGGGGAUUCUGGUUCGUACCCGUGACACAGCAGCCCCCAUCGGUGCCUUCAUGUGGCCCCUCCAUUGGUCUAUGUGGCUAGGCAUCUUUGUGUCACUCCACGUCACUGCUGUCUUCCUCACCCUGUACGAAUGGCACAGUCCCUUUGGGAUGACUCCUCGAGGACGCAAUCGCAACCGUGUCUUCUCUUUCUCCUCAGCCCUAAAUGUCUGCUAUGCUAUUCUCUUUGGAAGAACAGUAGCCAUCAAGCCCCCAAAGUGCUGGACUGGUCGUCUACUGAUGAACCUUUGGGCAAUCUUCUGUCUUUUCUGUCUGUCCACCUACACUGCUAACUUGGCGGCUGUCAUGGUCGGGGAGAAAACCUACGAGCAACUGUCAGGGAUACAUGAUCCAAAGUUGCACCAUCCCUCUCAGGGAUUCCGCUUUGCUACAGUAAGAGAAAGCAGUGCAGAGGACUACGUCAAGAAGAGUUUCCCUGAGAUGCAUGAGUAUAUGAGAAGAUACAAUGUCCCAGCAACACCUGACGGCAUACAUAAUCUAAAGGCUGACCCUCAGAAACUGGAUGCAUUCAUCAUGGACAAAGCUCUGCUGGACUAUGAGGUUUCCAUAGAUGCUGACUGUAAAACCUUAACAGUGGGGAAACCAUUUGCCAUAGAAGGCUACGGCAUUGGCCUCCCUCAGAACUCUCCACUCACCUCCAACUUCUCAGAGCUUGUUAGUCAGUACAAAUCCGAUGGCUUCAUGGACAUGCUGCAUGACAAAUGGUACAAGGUUGUGCCCUGUGGGAAACGCAGCUUUGCUGUAACGGAGACACUGCAGAUGGGUAUAAAGCAUUUCUCGGGUCUCUUCGUGAUGCUGUGUGUGGGCGUGGCCUUAUCUCUUCUGACCACGAUAGCGGAACACAUUGUGUACAAGCUGGUGAUCCCGAGGGUCAAGGAGCCACGCUCCAAAUACUGGCUGCACACUAGUCAGAGGUUACACAGAGCCCUCAAUUCAGUUUUCGUUGAUGACCAAGUACCAGCUGUUCCAAAGCCUGAGAAAAGGUGCAAUGAAGGACACAACCAGUCGGCAUCACGGAAUCGUGCAGUAUCCGCCCAGGGCAACAAGCGAAGGUUUCUUCCACAAGAUAUUCAGAAUGAUUUGGAACAUCUACCCUCCCAGGAUCUUCCACCUCCACCACCCUCUUCUCCCCAUCCCCAUACUCUUCCCUUGCUGGAAAAACACAAGCCCGUAGUAACCACCUCGAAUGGUCGAUCUGACCUGUUAGGGCGUGUGUUGGGACAAGGGCAAGAAGGAUCUGGACAGGCCACAUUACAAUGCUGUAGUUUAGGAGGGAUUGACUGUGAGGUUGGCCAAGUUAGUCGAAGCCCUCUGUUACAGGAACUGUCAGAACUUGAGAGUCAAAUAACUGCAAUCAAGCAGCAACUACAGUCUGCAAUGAGAAGAAAGAGAGAGCUGGAACGAUACCAGUCAGAAAACCUGCAAACAAACCAGACUUCACAGAGUCAGUCUUUAACUCACCAGUCCAACCAGUUUUCUCAGUAUACCCAGUCCCACCAGCAGACUAACCAGAACACAAAUAAACUCCCAGACUUUUAAAGCCUGUCUUUUACUAUUUUAUCAAAAAAAGAACCAAAAAAGAAUCAACCGGGGAACAGGUGUCCCAAAACCUUUUGGAUAAGGCACACUGCCUGGUUCUGGAAAUUGUAAAGAUUUUUCUUACCAAGGUCCUCAUGUAGGCAUAAGGUUUCCUAAAAUGUUGACCUGAGGUUUUCACUGUGGAUCAAAAUUUUAGUCUGUGACUCCAGCUUGAACAUUUUCUGACCUCUGGAAGGUGAGAAUUGAUUAGAGAAGGAGUAGACAACACUGAAAGAGAUGCUGAACCCCAUUAGCUUGUGUCAGUGAGAAGCUGUGCUUUCUCUGUCCUCUUAACCUCCAUUUCAUUCUUCUCGGAUAGCCUCAACGUCUUCUCCUUCACUCUCCUUUUAAGCUGAAUACAUCCUUUUGUCCCUGAAAUCUCUUACCUUUGAGAUAAGCUAAAUCUCCUCAGAGGUAGAAUUUGCUAUAUUGAUAAGCUUGAUCACUGGUAUGAUGACUCCUUUCAGUUUAAGCUAAAUGAACCAUUUUACCAGAGUUUGUUGAGGGUCUUUGAGCAUAUUAUGACCUGUAAGUGAACCCAGCCAGAUUAUUCUUUACGAAUACUGUAUCUUGCACAAACCUUAUAUCUUACCAGCAUAAAUCUCAUCGGGAUUGGUAGACAUGGUCACCUAUGGCUUAAUGUCUCAAAUCUGGCAGUGCAUUUACUGUUUUCUUGAAUAGGUCCUUUGACAGAGUUGUUGUUGCAAGAUAUCCUGGGAAAAUACUAUAUAAAGCAUUCACAAGACACUUUGAUAAAGUAGAACUGGUUAUUCCAUAGGAUUGGAUCCUAUGACUAUUCACAACAGUACUUAUGAAUCACUGUAUAAUGAUGGUCAUGUACUUCACUGACACACUCCUGGUUUUUCUUAGUCAUUAUUUAAUGUCAGAGCCAAAAAAUUGUGGUUCACUGUAAUCUUUCUGUAGGUCCCAACUUGCAGGGGUGGAUGUGUUUUUGUUUUCUUGUCUUUGAACAGUCUGGUGCUCUUGUGCUACUGGUGCCACAAAAACACUGAGUGUAACUCCCUCCUCUGUUGCCAACUGAUAACUAAACAAAAAAUGUAAGGCUAAUAUGUUACCCUUUGCUGGCUCUGACAUGUUACCAAAGCAUAAAGGAUUUACCAUUCAAAACAGAAAGGACAGUACCCAUAUGACUUUUUUCUUGCUUUUUUGCUUUGGGUUGGA